CAGGGAGCCCCCCGCCGCCGCUGAGGAGAGCCCCACCGGUACCGCCGAGGCGCCGCCGCCUGCCCACCCCAUGACGGCCGACUCCUGGAGGAACCUCAUCGAGCACAUCGGGCUCCUGUAUCAGGAAUAUCGAGAUAAAUCCACACGCCAGGAGAUUGAAACCAGACGACUGCAGGAUUCACAGACAGACCCUGAGGAGAGCUCGCCCAGCGAGGAAACCCCAUCUGAAGCAGAACCUAGAAGUACAACCGAAAACAAAGCUCCACCACAAAUCAGCUUGCUGAGGAACUCCAACUCCAGGUUCAACUUAUGGCAGGAUCUUCCCGAGAUCCGGAGCAGCGGGGUCCUCAGCAUCCUCCAGCCAGACGAGAUCAAGCUGCAGGAGGCCAUGUUCGAGCUGGUUACUUCCGAAGCCUCCUAUUACAAGAGUCUGAAUCUGCUGGUGUCUCACUUCAUGGAGAACGAACGUCUGAAAAAGAUCUUACACCCGUCGGAGGCACACAUCCUCUUCUCCAACGUCCUGGAUGUCAUGGCUGUCAGCGAGCGCUUCCUGAUGGACCUCGAGCAGCGGGUGGAGGAGAACAUUGUGAUCUCGGACGUGUGCGAUAUUGUCUACCAGCAUACAGUUAAUCACUUCUCCGUGUACAUCACCUACGUCUCCAACCAGACCUACCAGGAGAGAGCUUACAAGCAGCUUCUCCAGGACAAGCCAGCUUUCCGGGAACUGAUCUCACAGCUGGAGCUGGAUCCGAAGUGCAAAGGCCUCUCCUUUUCUUCCUUCCUGAUUCUGCCAUUUCAAAGGAUCACUCGGCUCAAGCUGCUGGUGCAGAAUAUUUUGAAGAAAGUGGAAGAGAAGUCUGACAGGGAAACCACUGCCUUGGACGCACACAAAGAGCUGGAAACAGUGGUGAAAGCAUGUAACGAAGGUGUCAGGAAGAUGAGCCGAACAGAGCAGAUGAUCAGCAUCCAGAAGAAGCUGGAAUUCAAGAUCAAGUCUGUGCCCAUCAUCUCUCACUCACGCUGGCUGUUGAAGCAAGGGGAGUUGCAGCAAAUGAAUGGGCCAAAGACAUCACGAACACUUCGCACCAAGAAGCUCUUCAGAGAAAUCUACUUGUUCCUUUUCAAUGAUCUGCUGGUCAUUUGCCGGCAAAUUCCUGGGGACAAGUACCAAGUGUUUGACUCAGCUCCCCGGGGGCUUCUUCGGGUAGAGGAGUUAGAAGACCAGGGGCAGAGUUUGGCCAACGUCUUCAUCCUGAGGCUGCUGGAGAAUGCGGACGACCGGGAGGCCAGCUACAUGCUGAAGGCAUCAUCCCAGAGCGAGAUGAAGCGCUGGAUGAUUUCUCUGGCUCCGAACCGAAGAACCAAGUUCGUUUCGUUUACAUCCAGACUUGUUGACUGUCCACAGAUCCAGUGUGUCCACCCAUACGUGGCCCAGCAGCCGGAUGAGCUGUCCUUAGAGCUGGCUGAUGUCCUCAACAUCCUGGACAAGACAGACGACGGCUGGAUAUUUGGGGAGCGUCUUCAUGACCAGGAGAGGGGCUGGUUCCCCAGUUCUAUGGGGGAGGAGAUCCUGAACCCCAAAAUCCGAGCCCAGAACUUGAAGGAGUGUUUCCGGGUGCACAAGUCGGAUGACAGCCAGCGGAGGAAAUUGGGCAGCAGGAACCGCCAGUGACCGAUGUCGUCCCCGCGCAUCCGGAGCGCCUCUGGGAGCAGGGCAGAGGAUGCCAGCUGGGAGGAGGAGGUGGUGGUGGUGGUGGCACCGUGGACCGUGGUGCAGGACCUGGCACACGCACCCCUGAACAAACAGACUGUAGCUCCUGGGCUCCCCACUGCGCUUCCCCCCGCACCGAUCCUUCCCUGGAGGGUCAGUGCUUCGAACUGGCUAAAAUAACCCCUUUCCAGGUAUUCUGUAAAGCCCCAAAGAGCACGAGCCAAAUGGAACACAACCCAAAGGCCACCGAGUGCCGGCCAGCUGACCCCCCUUCCCUGCACGCCUGCUGGCUGGAGCCGGGUCCGGCCACCUGGGAGAGGCACGUGGCCACAGAUGUCACCAAGCAAUUAACAUCACCCGAUUUGAGCCCUUGCAGCUCGUCGCUGCCUUUAGAGUUUGGGGCCCUCCUACAACUGUUUCAGUUCCUACCCCUGUGAGAUGCAGAGGGGUUGUCUCGCCGCCCCAGGCUGGGACAAGCCCUGGGAAUUCCACCUCCCCAGUCCUGCUGCAAAGCCGGUGGGGCCCAUUCCCCAUCUGCUUCCAAGCCCAAGGCUCCAAAAUGCUCCGUGCCCAAGCCCCACUCCACCAGCAGCCCAACCUCGCCAGCCCCGGACCCACAUCUCUGCAAGCUCGAGGGCCUCCAAGCACAUCUGGGCCCUGCCCCACGGCUCAGCCCCCUCUUCCACCCGUGCACCACCACCCACCACGGGAGCACCAGCAGACCCCAGCUGCCACGGCAACAGGACGGUGUGACGUUACCCCCCUCGCCCGGAGCUGUUGUCCCACCACUGCUGCCUGCAUGCUCGUACCCCACACCACCUGGCUGCGCACACCAGCUGUACAGUCGUGCGCACAACCCCUGUACAGGCUCACCUCCCCCUGUAUACGCACACCCUGCCGUCGUCAGCGCAGACGCGCCGUCACUUCUUUCCGGCUGUGGCACUGAGCAUCGCAUGAAGCCCAGGGCACAGCGCUGAGACCGGCCGGGAGACGGACCCACGGCAGCCGCCUGUUGCUCAACUGCCUUGCUCCCAACAGUCCCACCUGUGGCCACAGCCUAAAGGGCUUCCUCAGCCACAGGGCUGUUGCCGAGCUGUCAGGGAAAUGGAUCAUUUGGCCAUCAUUCCGUUAACGCUGCGAAGGAGAGUCUUCCAGGCGCUGUGGCCUGCGCUGCUGUAUGAUUGUGCUCGAGAAGGGGGUGGAGAACAGCCGCUGAUGGAGCCGCACACCAGCCACGGAGCACCACCUCACUGGUGGCAACGUGGGGAGGAAGCAGGACAUUGGGGAGAAGGGGCGUCUGGGGCUUGUCUUUGAGCCAUCUGGGCCCAGGUCACCGGUGGGGUGGGUGGUGUGAGGCCAGACCCAGCUGAGGGAGGGCCAGGGCUGUCCUUGGGGCUGUCCUUAUUGUCACCACAGCCCUGGGACAACCGGCCCAGAGUCAGCCCUGCACUAGGGGUGCUGCAGCCAGCCCCUGGGACCAAACUGGUGGGAGCUGCAGUGAAGGGAGAGCGAAGGCCUUCCCCCAGCUCAGUGCCACCAUGCUUGUAUGGGACAACAGCCAGUGGGGCUGUACCUGCCCAGGCCACCUGUAGCACCCCAGGGAGAGGGACCCGGGAGAGCUCACACCAGCCACCUCCCAGUGCCCACCCCAGAGCUGGGGGCCAGAAAGGAACCACAGCUUCCAGUCUGGUGGGGCAGGCUCAUUUAAUGGGGACACCCCAGGUGGUCAGCCCCCCCUCCACCUCCAACAGCACCCCACAGUCAGUACAAACCAACCUCCAGCUCAGGGUCCAGACCUUGCAGCAGCCACAGCUUCUCCGAUGCAAAACCCCGGGGAGCUCCAGCUCUCAGAAAUCUUUAAAAUUGCCUGAGGAAUCGCCACAUCCCGGACCCUCCAGCUUCCCAGCCCGACCCAGGCUCUACAGCCCCACGUGGCCACCUGGGAUGUCCCUCAUAGCACAGAAACCCUCCCUUUAAUGCACCAGAAACGGCUCUGUCACUCAUGGGGCAGGGUUGGGGGGGCUGACCCAGGUCCCCCUGUGCCAGGACACCAGUUCCUCACCGUGUUCCUCCAGCGGGGGGGAGGGAGAGGGGCUCAGGGCUGCCGUGGAGCCCCGGGACUCCCCCUGCCCCUUCUUGCUCCGUCGUUGACUUUUCAGGACUCUGACCCCCCCAGGCACAGGCUGUGCCGUUUUCGGGCACCACGUGGCCCCCAGUGUUAUGUCCUCAGACCCAGCCCUGCACGCCUGCCUCCGUUCCAGUGGUCUCCAGUCUUGUACAGGGCCAGGCCUGGGGCCCAACAAGCCCCCACAUCGGGCUGCAGCCCCCCCCACACCCCAAACCCCUGUCAGGCUGCCUCAGCAAACUGAGGGGAACUUCUCGUUGUCUCCUUUUGGGUUUGUUUUUUUUUUUCUCUCUCCGUGUGAUGAAAUAUAGCUGAGCGAGCCAGCGCCAAAGCAA